GAAGAAGCCAUAGAGUACCUCAAGCUAUAUCUUAAAAAAGCUAAAGAAGUAGGAGACAAGCAUGGGGAGGGUAACGCUUAUGGCAAUCUUGGCAAUGCUUAUCAGAGUCUGGGUGAUUUAAAAAAAGCCAUAGAGUACCACAACCUACAUCUUAAAAUAGCUAAAGAAGUAGGAGACAAGCAUGGGGAGGGUGGUGCUUAUGGCAAUCUUGGCAAUGCUUAUCAGAGUCUGGGUGAUUUAAAAAAAGCCAUAGAGUACCACAACCUAAAUCUUAAAAUAGUUAAAGAAGUAGGAGACAAGCAUUGGGAGGGUAACGCUUAUGGCAAUCUUGGCAAUGCUUAUCAGAGUCUGGGUGAUUUCAAAAAAGCCAUAGAGUACCACAACCUACAUCUUAAAAUAGCUAAAGAUAUAGGAGACAAGCAUGGGGAGGGUGGUGCUUAUGGCAAUCUUGGCAAUGCUUAUAUUAGUCUGGGUGAUUUCAAAAAAGCCAUAGAGUACCACAACCUACAUCUUAAAAUAGCUAAAGAAGUAGGAGACAAGCAUGGGGAGGGUAACGCUUAUGGCAGUCUUGGCAAUGCUUAUCACCGUCUGGGUGAUUUCAAAAAAGCCAUAGAGUACCACAACCUACAUCUUAAAAUAGCUAAAGAAGUAGGAGACAAGCAUGGGGAGGGUGGUGCUUAUGGCAAUCUUGGUAAUGCUUAUCUCCGUCUGGGUGAUUUCAAAAAAGCCAUAGAGUACUACAACCUAAAUCUUAAAAUAGCUAAAGAAGUGGGAGACAAGCAUGGGGAGGGUAACGCUUAUGGCAAUCUUGGUAAUGCUUAUCUCCGUCUGGGUGAUUUCAAAAAAGCCAUAGAGUACUACAACCUAAAUCUUAAAAUAGCUAAAGAAGUGGGAGACAAGCAUGGGGAGGGUGCUCCUUAUGGCAAUCUUGGCAAUGCUUAUCUCUGUGUGGGCGAUUUCAAAAAAGCCAUAGAGUACCACAACCUAGCUCUUAAAAUAGCCAAAGAAGUAGGAAACAAAUACCUUGAGGCAACGGCCUACUCUUCACUAGGAUGCGUUUUUGAGUUGCAAGGUGGACUGCCAAAAGCCGUUGAACAUUAUCAAGCUAGCAUAAACUUAUUCGAUUCCUUGAGAUUACUUCUAAAAUCUAAAGAUGAGUGGAAAGUUAAUUUUCGAAAUCAGCAUCAAAUGGCGUAUACGGGUUUGUGGAGAGUUCUCGUAGAACAAGGUAAUGUAGAUGAAGCCUUAUUUGUUGCUGAGAAAGGGCGAGCUCAAGCUCUGACCGACCUCAUGGAAUCCAGUUUUGUGGUGGAACUAGUCACCAUAAGGGAGAAGAUGAAGAUUUCACAGUUUUAAAAAAAAAAACGUUCCAUCAAACACUGUCUUUCAGGCAGUGGAAGAAGCUAACGUCAAUCUUUGGGUUGUUUCCGAAGGAAAACAAGUUCGGUUAAGACAAAGUAAACUCAAAGGUUUUGUUUCAGAGAAUAAUGGAUCUAGCCAGUCCUUUGAGUCGUUCAUGCUCGGUGUCUAUACACAACUUGGUGUUCGUUCUAAUGUGAGAUGCGAGAAUCGAUCUUUAGAUGCUUUGAGGGAGGGCCCUUCAAAAGUGGAUGAGAAAACCAAAGAAGCCAACCCUCAACCUCACAUCCAACAAGACGGAUGCUUGAGCACUUUGUAUGAUAUCGUUAUGAAGCCGGUGGCUGAAUUGAUUGAAGGGAUGAGCUACUCAUUAUUCCUGAUGGACCCCUGUGGAUCGCUCCUUACGCUGCAUUGAAGGAUGGUAAUUCUAAAUACCUGUGUGAAUCGUUCACAAUCCGAGUCGCUCCAUCGUUAGCAAGUCUUAGACUCAUUGCCGAUUGCCCAGAUGAUUAUCACAAAAGCAGUGGUGCGUUACUUGUAGGAGAUCCGUGGGUAUCCGAGGUUACUAACAGCGAGGGAAAGAAAGUCUUGGAGCAGCUUGAGUAUGCUGAAAAAGAAGUAGAAAUGAUCGGAAAAAUUCUGAAUAUCACGCCAAUCACUGGCAGACAGGCCACCAAACGUGAGGUGUUGAAAAGACUCAGUUCCGUUUCCUUAGUUCACUUUGCGGCACACGGAUGUCCGGAAACUGGCGAAAUUGCUCUUACACCUGACCUAGACCGAAUAUCUACUGUGCCUACGGAGAAGGAGGAUUACAUUUUAACGAUUCGAGAUGUGUUGAAUGUUCAACUUCGCGCCAAACUUGUUGUGCUCAGUUGCUGCCACAGUGGUCGGGGCGAGAUCAAGGCUGAAGGUGUGGUUGGCAUUGCGCGCGCUUUUAUGGGAGCUGGUGCUCGGUCUGUUGUGGUGUCCCUGUGGGCGAUUGAUGACGAGGCUACUCUC